AGUCGCUGUCGCCAGCAGGCCUGCUUAUCAAGUAGUUCUAGAUAGACUCAGACUCUAAGGUGGGAGCCAAAGCAGCUCCACCAAGUUGUCCCUUUUUAUUGAAGUAGCGCUAGACACAUGAGAUGAAAGAACGCCUUUCAUCAAGCGGCUCCAUGUGACCAACCUCAACAAAAUUCAGACCCUAUUUUUUCUUUUUGGAAACUACAUCACAAACUCAAACACAAAGACAAAGACCUUACUCUCAUUGCGAACAGCACCCUUGCUUCUACGACUCGUGGAAAGUACUUACUUUGAACAAGAGCAGGACCAGGUGUUGUAUCAUAGUUAAAAAAAUAAAGAACGCGAGCACCUCCCAUGCGCCUCGUAAUCCAGCGCGUUCGGUCUGCCGCGGUGACAACCAGCACUGGUGUAUCACGGGGAAAAGUGUUUCACGUUCUUAACCAACGGAAUUUCUAACGCAAGAAUGCAUGAAUUUUAGAUCAGAAUUAAGUAGCAAGUUGCUCAUGAAUUUGUAUUGUAUAGAUACCAGCAUGCAUUAUACCGUCCAAGAUUUCGAUUUGUCAUGCAUGACUGCAACCUGUAAAAAGAAAACCGUCCACGUUACAGCGCUUUUUUGAUUGAUACGGCGUCGCCGGCGAAAUCCGAAAUGGCCUGUUGGUCCUCGUCGGCAUUUGCCAGACCGACACGAAUAUGAAAUGCAAAAGUAUCGUACUCGUAUAAAUGCAUUACAAAUUUCCUCAGCAUGAGAAAUAAAAUUUGUAAUGCUGAUUGGCCUUGGGAACAAGAUUUGUGAUGCAAGACUUGCAUUUAUACGAGUGCGAUACUUUUGCACAGGAUAACGAAGGAGCACUUGGAUUUUUGCGUCCGCCGGCUGCUCCGCAUGAAGCUUUUCCCCAAAAACGUAUGGGAGUGUCAGACUUGAAAUUGGUGACAAAUAAGUUAAACAAAACAAUUCGCGAUGCACAAAAUCGAUGCCAGUUGUGGUCGUGUGAGGACCUCCAUCAAUUUCUUCUAGAAGCCGCGUGACGAAUCUAGGAAACACGGAGAUCCAAGCUUUCGUGCUGUUUGGGCAAGGAAGACGGCAUCUGUCGUGCUAGUACUGUAGCAGCUCUAGGACCAAGACCAACCCCAAACAGACUUACCAGCGGCUUUUGACUUGAGUGCUCUGCAAGACAGGCACUAUAAUACUGCGCCUUGCGUUUCAUUGAGCGUGACGGAAAAUACAAGAAAUAUGAAAUCGAAUUUAACAAUUUCAAGCUUCUCGUCGUCGAUUUCAAAUCUGACGCUCCUUCCAUAGAACGCCGGGCCGGAGAAUACCGACUGGGAAACGCUCGAGCCGCAGUGGGCGCAGUCGUGUACCGAAUCGAAGUACGACAUCCUGAUCGUGUCCCAGUUCUAUCCUGCGCAAAAAUAAAAGUAUCGUCGUUGCCGUCGUAGUACCAGUGAUGGCAAUUUAUGCAUGAAUGAAAUAGAUGAGGCUCCUUUAUUUGAUUUGAAUCAGCAUUGCAAAAUGCAAGCAAUACUCCCUCUGGGAAAAAAAUGAUUUAUGAUUCGUUAAAUAGGAAAAGGACAACGAGCAAAACGUAAAUCAUAAGCAUAACGAAAGCAAAUAUAGAUGCAAUUUUCAGUACGGACGACGGUGCUAUUUCAUCUGCAGUGCAUACGCUCACUUUGCACGCAAAGUUCAAGAAGCCCAAGCCAGAUUUUCACAGUAGUAUGAGCCCGAAGCCGGCGAGAGAGAUGUAUGACCAUUUUGUGGAGGAAGUGAGAAAGGGGCACAAGAACGGGGGGAAACUUGCGACGGGCGAGUUCGUAUUCCAAUGCAAACAUGUCUGGAUGUCAAUGUGGUGGAAGAUUAAAUGUCACUGUGAUCGAAUUCGAAUUUGGAAAAGUUUAUAGCCUAUUAUCACAAUGCAAUACGCAGUCAAGCGUGACCCGUGAGAAAUUCAUUUGGUCCGCUUAGUAUCCAUUAAUUGCGAUAUUUCAUCAUCUGCAUGGCAAACGGCAUUUUCGCACGACAGACAACACCUGGAUUUGCUCGGCGCCAGGCGGCACAGAGCUUGGAGACAUCGGCAUGUCAACAGGAGGCGUUGGUACAUAGUACAAGUCUUGCAAUCUUCUAGAUGACCCAAACAUAUUUGCGAUGCAUAGCUUGGGGCCAUGAUGCGAGUCCAGUUAGAAAAUGACGGCCCAGUGACCAUGAUUGUCGAUUCUGAUUUGGUAUGCAAUGCAAAAGUAUCGUACUUGUGUAGUAAAUUGCAUCUAUAAGUUCGGCAAAUGGACAUUGCAACAGUGUCGUGGCUUAGGAAGGAGCAUAUCUGCAGCAAUUGGUUGUAUGUAUUAGUACUUACGAGUGCGAUACUUUCGCACAGGAUACUUGGAAAUGGGAACUAACCAACCACCCGGAACUAUCAUGUGCAAAACGUCACCACCACGACCCAAAUCGACCCUCUUGUCCUGAUUGUAGCAUGACAAAGAUGACAAACUCCCUCAGAGCAUUGAUUUGAAAACGUUGCUACGUGCUGGGCUGCGCAUGAGAAACAUUCUAGGCUUGCAGAUCCGUUUGAUGCGACUGGAGACAACUCUGGGGUCGGGAGGACGUUUUUGCAAGGGAUAAGGGCCACCGGAGCUACUGCUAAAGUCGUACAGGAGUCAGCAGCACAAACUGUAUCAAACAAAAAAAAGUCCGUCACGGUGAGUUAUCAUGUUUUUUUGCGGAUUUCGUACCAUGAUCAUGCAUGCAUCAUUUUACACAGCACAGAAUGUGAUGAUAAAUAAUUUCGUCGUAUCCUUUGGUUCCCGAUGCAAGUUGUAGCUGACCAAUGAUGCUGUUGUUUGCUGCCCGCUGCUGAUGCUUGGGCCAGGAGUGCAGAGACCCUUAAGCUCCUGAUGGUGCUGAGUUUGUUCUUUUCUUCCGCCCUCCCGCCCUGUGCGCGACACUGUGUUUUCAUGCUGUUUUGCAUAACAAAUUAGGAUGCACCGCUGCAGAUGCUGAUCAUGCAUAGUUGGAUGUGACGCUGAUCAUGCUCACUGGUUGCAUAUUAGGUUGCACGGCAUCCCUUGCGGGUGUCAUGCGUUGCUUUGGCUUUGCUGGGAUUUGGUGCUGUGGUACUCCCCUCUGAGUGCCACCCACGGACGAAACAUGGGGGCAAGUGUGCGGCCUCCAAGCGGCGCCCCUGGGGUCCGGCCACCUCUGUGUGUAUGGGUGGUUCAUGCUGACGCAUCGGGAAACGGUAGGUAGGACAAGGAGGAGAGCGAAAUUAUUUAAGUACAACAAAUGCGUCAUCCUCAUCUGUUAUGCAUGAAAAUGAACUUUCUAAAAUGCAUGGCAGGCAUGCUGCUGUGUGCAACACGACUCCUUCUGCGUUUGCGCUUCUGCAAUAGAUACAAGAAAAAGCUGCGAUGGCAAAAAAGUUUGUGAUGCAGAACGAACCGGCAAAAAGAAUUUUGUAUGUUGUGACGGUGACAAACUUCAUCUUUCUCUCCAUAAACUACUGCGAAUGGACAACAUAAUUCCCACACUUCUACAACGAGUUGCACCGCCGCGGCUGGUGAUGCAGCUACACCAGCACCUCUUCGUCCGGAACAAGAGACGAGACCAGCAGCAGCUGCCCCGGCGCCUACCGCUUCAUCCUCUGACGAGCAAACUGCAGUACUAUCAGUGCCAAAUUGAGAACAAGCUGCAGGCACCAGCAUCUAGUGCAGGAGAUUGUUUUUUAGGCAAAUAAACGAAGACCUCCUUACUUUAACUUGGCUUCCGAAGGUUGCAUCAGAUAUUACCUUCUGUAGGUUGAAGGAACAAGAGGUCCAAUGCUCCUCGUCCUGCGGGGACUCUUCUUGAAGCAUUUUUGCCGCACUUCGAUAUGCUAUUUCGAAGUUCAAAAUAGAACUUAGUAAAUCCCAAAAAGCUGCGACAAGGAGGGCGAGCAGUCCCAGUUGCAGUGCUGACUCUUUCAAGUUGGUUAGGUGAGUGUUUCAUCUUCUUUCGCCGCUGCAGGAGAACUUCCACUAAAAAUGACCAGUCCUCAAGAACAUCCUGGAAUGACGCAGACGGACGGACGCUUCAAGUUGAAGCGCGAAAAAAAAACACACGCCCACAGUGGUGCUGAGGAGCGGCGCGACUUCAGUGAAUUUUUACAGCACGACCAGAAC